AUAAGAAUUUACAAUACACUGUACAUGUAGGACAGACAAAUUUGAGCAAGUUUAGUGAAAACAUGUCUGUCACAUUUCUGUUGCUUGCUUGUCUCAACCUACUUUCUAUAUCUGAUUCUUACAGAUCUGUAAAUCGCAUAGUUGGUGGACAACUUGCUAAUAUUACAGAUCAUCCCUACCAAGUAUCUUUACAAAUUUUUAAUCAACAUUCAUGUGGGGGAUCAAUCAUUCACUAUAAGUACAUUUUGACUGCUGCUCAUUGUGUUUAUGAUUAUAAAUCAAGAAACUCGGCUAUUUCAGUAGUGGCUGGCACUAAUUAUUGGUACACGAAUGGUACUAGGUUUGCUGUAACACAAAUAUAUGUUCAUCCAAAAUAUGAUCCAGACACUUUAGAUUAUGAUAUAGCUAUCUUAGAGUUAAGUACGAAAAUUAAGUUAGAUAGAUCAAUGUUACCAAUAGCUCUUCCACGUAAAAAUGAAAAACUAAAACCUGGAGCUGCAGCUACUGCGACAGGCUGGGGUGCAUUAAAGGAAGGCUUGGGAUCAACUCGAUCUUUGAGACGAGUAACUUUACCAGUUCUACAUAAAAAAAAAUGUAAAGAUAUUUAUAAACACGAAUAUACAGAUCGUAUGUUUUGCGCAGGAUUUAUUACUGGUGGCAAAGAUGCUUGUCAGGGAGACUCUGGAGGACCAUUAGAAUCAAAUGGAAAAUUAAUCGGAAUUGUAUCAUGGGGAAAUGGGUGUGCUAAACCUGAUUUUCCGGGUGUAUAUACAAAUGUGGCCUAUUUAAGAGAUUGGAUUGAUUCUGUUGUUCAUUUUUAACAACUUUUAUGACAUAAACGUGUCAUCAGUAUCAACAAUGUUAAUUGUUCAACAGUAUCAACCUAUAAUUUAUACAAAAAAUAAAUAACAGUAAUCAAUUUAUGUAAUUUUACAUAAUGUUAGAAUAUAAUUGUUAAAUUCUGUAAGUAUAAAAUAAAGAAAAAUUAAAUUUA